CUGGUUAAAUGAGGAGUGCAAAGAGCUAUUGCAAGAGGAGCUGUGGGAAUCAUUAGACACCAGGUCCCAUGGUAUAUGAGCUUAGUUACUUUUGUUCCCUAUUGUGAACAUUUUGGACAGAAGAGCAAUACAUGCUGGGAAAGGUUAAGAAAAUUAGUUCAAAGAGUGCAUUAAAUCAGGAUCAGUUAAUCCUUGUGAUUUGAGCCCAGCAGAUUGGGGAGCUCAAAUGCAGCAGUGAUUAUGAAAGUGAUCCGCAUACUGCAUGGGCCGGAGAAGCUAGGAUGGAAAAUUCAUGGAGAUCUUGGGAGGAACAAGAAUGAAGAAGUCUGUUUCGGGGGCAAAGCAGAGAAAAGAAGAUUAAACGAGCUGAGGAGCCCCAGCGUUUGGUUCCAGGUUCCAUUCUAUCUUGCUCUUUGUUCUUGCAGUGAAAUGACUGCUCUGUGUAUCUCAGUGAACUCAAUCCCUCUGUGAACACAGGGGUGAGUCCUCCAAAUGACUAAAUGAGAACUUUCCCCUCGGCCUCCAGGAUCUGAUUACAAAACAUGGCCCAACUUUCAAACCACUUGUCAGCAAGGAUCCCAGUUCAGCGAUGCCCUCUCUGGCUGAGACACUGACACCAGAACAGAUAACAGAGUACAAAGACGUCUUUGAGAUGUUUGAUGAGGAGGGCAAUGGGUUAGUGAAAACAGAUGAUCUGGAGAAGCUUAUGAGCUUGAUGGGAAUCAACCCAACCAAGAGAGAGCUGGCGACAAUGGCAAAAGAGGUGGACAAAGACAAUAAGGGCACCUUGAACUGCAACAGUUUUCUGGUUUUGAUGGGCAUUUACCAUGAAAAGGCUAAAAACCAGGAUGAAGAGCUGAGGGCAGCAUUCAAGGUCUUUGAUAAGGAACACAAAGGCUACAUUGAUUGGAAUACACUCAAGUAUGUACUGACGAAUGCCGGAGAGCCACUAAAUGAACAGGAGGCUGAACUGAUGAUGAAAGAAGCUGAUAAGGAUGGAGAUGGAACCAUUGAUUAUGAAGAUCUCUGGUUAUGUUUGCUACCAUCUCAAGCAGGCCAUUGUGGAGCAGGAGGAGGAAGGGAAGGAGGCCCUCCAACUACACAAACAGCUGUACAAAAAGAAGAGGGGGUAGCAGAGGGGCUUAAUGUGCAGAGUUUGGAUUCAGGUCUGAACAUCCCUAAGGUUUGGGAAAGUCCAGAUGCAGGAGCGCAAUUCAGGCCCAACUCAAACUGCUUUUAUGUCAACAUGUUCAGUUUCCACCCCCAUUUGCCACAAUGUGAAAUUCCCUGUUUAUCACAGAUGUAUGUUGCCAAUGCCUGGGGAGCACUUUGUCUGGGAGAAGCAGAGGCAAAGCAGGGGUGAGAGGCUUGUCUCUAACAAUAGUUGACAGCUUAAUUAGCUCCUCAAAGUUCAUUACAGCAUAACAGAAUUUGCCUCCAUAGCACCAGCUUGGCAUGAGCCAUUUUCUCACUGAAGAGCCAGAGCGGUAAAACUGAAGCCAUCGGGUCUGCGUUGCUGCUGGUUUAUUUUUAAAUGCUCUGGCAUUUCAUUUGAGGUGCUGUGUAACUAAGGUUCUGUCAGUUUCACACUAACAGUUCUCUUCAGGUGAGAGCUGAGCAGGCAAAUUCCCACUGAAAGAAGGAGGCGAGAUUCUUGUGAGAUGUGCAAAAGAAAUUGCUCAUGCCAUUCUUUAACUGGAAGGGAAAAUAUUACAGUGUGAGAGGCAGCCCUCCCACUACACUUAGCCAAUAAAGACUGAUUAAAAAAAAUUUACCCAAGGCAAUUUAAAGACUCCCAGAGACUCCAUUGGCCUUUGGAUGAGACCCUCAUUUUUGCUCUGGACUAGUGAUUGUGUCAUGACACUAAAAAACCUACUACAUUUGCAAAGAUCCCGGUAGGGCUUGUUCUCUGCUGUCAUCACCCUGUGACUUCAGUGGAGCUGCAACAGAGAAUUUGCCCUGUCGUCUGAGCAUAGAGCUGGGAGAUAGUGAUGCAUGUGAUGUGAGGAAAGUGGGGAUCCCCUUCAACUUCUGGAGAAAAUCACCAGCUUUGGAAAUUCAGAUUUCAAUGAACAAAGCACUGUUCAGCCAACAAGAAUCCAUCUAGUGUCCCUGUGCUUCAGGCCUAUCUUGCUGAGUGAGCAUUAUAGAAGCAUCCUGCAGUGCUGCUUGCCCUAUCAACCUGUGAUGAACCCACUCUAUGGCUGAGCCAGCAGCACAAGGUGAGGCUAAUAAAUCCUGCC